UAUAAUGGACUCUCUCGUCGAAAUACCGGUCGCUGAAUGGCCUCGGCUCCGAGACUUGUUUAGCAUUGACUGGCCGAAAGGAGCGGCCGCUUAUUGUCUUUUAGACACCAGUAUAAACUGCCAGAAAUUAAGUCAAGAAUUUAACUUCAAACUUUACUGUCCUUUUGGAGACAUGAACAAUGGAAUGGUGGCAGUAACAGUGCAGGGCGACGAUAUUCAAGUUAUAAUAAGACCUUUGAGAGAUGUUAUAAAAAUAGAAGAAGCGUUAUUAUCAACAAAUAUCAUAGAUUGGAGUAAAAAUAUUAUGGCUCCGUUUGCGAGCCCUGAAGUCACAGCGAGUCUCGUGAAGAUAUCAAAUAAGCUAAACGUCAAAAUAUAUUACGAACAAAAUAAAGCAAUUACGUUUUUAUUGAAUAAAACGUGCAUCCCGUUUGAUAUAAGUUUGCCAGAAAAUACUUACAUAGAAUCUCUUAAACCUGAACAUAUCGAUAUAGUUGAUAAAACAUGGACGUAUUCGAGUGAAAGUUCAAAGGAAUAUUUUGAAAUAUUAAUGAGAAACGACAGCACAUACGUUCUUUAUUCAACAGAAAAUAACGAACCAAUGGCUUGGGUUACUGUUAAUGACGCAGGUUCACUAUCGCAUCUAUUUUGUUUGGAACCAUACAGAAGGAAAGGCUAUGGUGAAUUAAUCACAAAAUACGCUUGCAACGAUAUUCUAAAGAAAGGAAGGAAUAUAAUAGCUUAUACUGUUGAAAAUAAUUGCAAAUCGCAAAAGUUACUUUUGAAAUUAGGAUUCGAAAAUAUCGGCUACGAUUAUUGGGUCAUCAUUGUAAAGAAAUAAAAUGCUUAA